UGGGCUGGACUGCAGAGACUGAAAUCCGUAUCCACCUGCGUGCUGUUGCUGUACAGCAGUACAAGUGAUCGUGUCCUGACUACACCCCAGGACAGAUGCCAAUUUCACACUGCCAUUAAAACAACCACCCUCUUGCCUUUCUACCGCUCAGUUAAAACAACGUUUCCACCUCGGCAGGUAGCUUUGAGUAGCAAAAGUUGCCCUGUGAUGGAUUCAAAGCGAGAUAAAGAGCAAGGUAAGUUGUGUCGGAUAGCUUGUUGCUACGUCGCUGAGCUAACCAUCAUUAGCGGCUUGUGCUAGCUAGCAGCGGAUUAAACUGAACUGUAGCUAACUGUGGCGUACUCUUCGUUACACGACAUUUUACGUGUGUCAUCAUCAGAGGAACAGGGACGAAUAAUUUCAAUUUCAUUGAGUAACCCACCCACCUUCACCCAGCUGAUUCAUCCUCAUGAAAAUUACUCCGCUGCUCCAAGUAGCUACAUACAUUAGCUUACAGUAUUUACCGGUGGCUAGCUGUCGAGCACAGAUAAACACCAUGACCUUUAUUUCUGCAGGUGUAAACAAAUACAAGGUGUGUGUGCUGACCCUGCUUGUCCUUUCCAUAACUCUUCCCUCCUUUAUGAAAGUGAUGUGAUGAUGGCACUCUGCCCUCCUCCUCUGCUUAUUCAAUGAAAAUUCAAAGAAAAGACAAGAAAAAAAUCUUCAUGCAUUUAUGAAGAUUUUAUAAUGUAUCAAGAUAGAAACAGAAAAUUCAGAGCCAGCAUCAUUAUUUCUAGUUAACCAGAUGAGUCUGCUCUUUCAGUGACGCUGCAGUCCUCAGGGAAUGAGUGCUUCAUUUGUGCAGAGCUCAUGAAAGAGUAUUCAAGUGGAGUAGUAGUUGAGUUAGGGACUGAAGCUGCCCCAGGAAAGAAAAGCAAAUCUAACUCCCUCAGUUGUUAUUUAUGCAUGCAGCUGGCGAGCUUACAUCGUCACAGACAAGGCACAUCAUCUAAUGUGUGACCCCCGUCUUCUGGAGAUGGCUGAGGAAAACCUUAGAGUGCUGCUGCCAGAUAUGCAUAGAUACGGUCUGGUUGAAUUGUUGGUAUUUACUAUUCACAGAUGAUUGCAUGGGUAAUUUGAUUGCUCCAGUUAAACCAGAAGAGACACACUGCUUCCAGCAUUUGGCUUUCGCAACCGCUGACUCACACAAAUGGGGUCUGAGUCUGUGUUGUUUACUUAAGAGUAGAAAAGUGAAUGUGCUUUGCGAUGCUGUAGUCUUAUCUCUCCGACUCUUUCAGAUGCAGAUGUAGAGAAGAUUACAGCGGUAUUGCUCAAGUCACGCACAGGAGAGUUUGAUUUGGAGUCCAUCCUGUUUCUCAAACUGAGAGGUCUUGGUAAGAUGUAGUAAAUAUAUGAUUCAGUUUAGAUUAUGGCUAAAAAUGUAUUGUUAUUUAUAAAUGGUCUUGUGUUUGUCUUGCAGGAAUACAUGAUCUGGGAUGCAUUGGGGAGUGUAUGAAUUUAGAGAGACUUGACCUCUCUGGAAAUCACGUCUCAAGUCUUUCUCCUCUAGCAUCUCUCCGGCUUCUGUCUGUACUGAAUUUGUCCGCCAACAGGAUUUCCAAUUUAGGUAAGGGGCAAUAUUCUUUAUUCAAUCAUUGUAUAUUUGCUUGAUAGGGAUGUAUCUGUCAUACAUGUGAAAACUAGAGUUUUUAUUCAUGUCAUGUUUGCUUUUCUAGAGCCCCUACGCGGUUGUGAAGGUUUACAGAACUUAAAUGUGGCUGGAAAUAUCAUCUCCAGGUAUCACUUUUUGAUCACUUGAUGUUUAUCCUGUAUAAAUGCUUCUGAUUUAAGACAAUAGACAUACUGUUGUUGCUUUUAGUUUUUUUUGGCAGUAUUACUAGUUAGAUGUGCAAUUUAUUCUAAUAAAUAAUUCAUCGAUUUUGUUUUCAACAGCAUUGAGAACCUUCAGUUUCUUCAGUCUUUGAAAAAACUAGAAAAUAUACGUUUUAGAGACAACACUUACAAUUACUCUAACCCAGGUAAGGUUUGUUGACUUUGUUUAAAUCAACACAGUGAAGAAAUUUUGUUUUUAAUAGUGAGCUGACAUUGAUGACUCUCCUAUUUUUCAGUGUGUCGAAAUUCAUCAUAUAGAAACAUAAUUCUUGAGAUGUUUCCCACCAUCAAGGUGCUUGACGGUAAGUGUUGAGACUUUUUUAUUUUUAUUUUGCAUGACAUCAGUAUCGCAGAAGCCAGUUUUACACUACAAGGCUCUGUAAUCAAACUGAAAUCCUGUAAAAUCCUUGCAAUAAAACCAGCUUUGGCUUUUAACUUUCAACCAAACAACACAGGCAUAUUUCCGGCUCAGUGCAUUAUUUCAGACAGCAUUGCAAAAGAGGCAUUAAGUGUAAACAAGGGCAUCAACAUUACGUCACACACACACACGCACACACACCCUGCCCUGUCCUGCAGACUCCCCCAUUUACAUAGUGUCUACUUCCCUUAUCAUUAAUAUACGCACCCUCGGAUCUCUGCUCCACAGCAGACCUCAGGAAUUGCUUACCCUCUGCCUACAAUGAAAGAAUUCCUAUUUUGUUAAAUGUGUCUGGAAAAGAUGAAGCCCAAAGAGACAGGAGGCUUCUGUAAGAGCUCAGAGCAAGGAUACAUUGAUGUAUUGUCCGUGAAAGUCUUUUGACCAAGGCCACAACGUGACUCAAGGGAGUGCAGCAUGCCUCACCUCUGCACAGAUGAUCUUUUUUCUUCUUGCUGUGCAGAUUUGGAAAAAUGUAACAGUUGAGUUCCUGUGAUGGUGCAAGAUAUUGAUACAAACCUUUCUUUAUGGAAUAUUUCACAAAAUGUUGUGGCGCCCAAGAAGAAGCCUGACAUAUACUUUUUUACUCAAAUAACAACAUCGACUCAAAUUCUCAUGGCACCUUGGUUUUGUAUAGAGCUGAUCACAAUAAUGCUAAAUUAAAAAAAAAAAACCUAUAGAAUUCUGCAGUCAGAGAAACGUUAAUUUACAGAUUUGUUUGACUUACAGGUGAAAGAGUUGUUGGACGUGGGAGUGACUUGUACCAACUAUGCAAAGACAUUGAUGAUACUAUUAAAGGUACUUUGACUUGCUGUUGUGCUGUUAAGUCAUAUUAUUAUAUUUUUUUUUACCUUUUUCAAGUUUUAAAUGACACAGUCUUCAAAUCAAAUGGUAUCACUGGAUUUUAUAAAAGAAAAUGAUUUACCAUUCAAGCACAGUACAGCUAACCUACUUUGUUCACCUGUCUGUAUAUGUUUAGCUGGGUUAUAUAAGAAUGGACAGCUUGUUGAACAUACUGACUGCAAACCGUGGGUAGAGGAUACCUACUGGGAGAUAAAGCGAUCAAAUAACGCCAUCGUUGAUGAAGCCUACAAACAAUUUAAUGGUAAGACACUAUCUUUUUAAGAAAACUCUUGCAUGUGAACUUGACAGCCGUUAACUUAACUAUAUGUACACUCCUGUCUCCACAGAUGUUCUUCAUGAAUGCCGGCUCCUCAACAACAGAGCCACUCAUGUUAUUUCACAAACAGAAAAGUCAAUGAGUUUGAAGAAGCAGCCAAAACAAUAUGCCAUUUAAGCUGGGCUCUUUUUGGACACUUUGUGUGCAACAUUUUGCAACUUUUUGUUGUAUUACUAACCAUGCCUAAUGUAAUGUAGGUUUUUCAAAUUGCUAAGCUAUAUCCAAAUGCUUAUUAAGUAUCAUAGCCAUACACAUGUGCCCUGUGCUGCAGUGUGAGGCUUUAUUGAACUUUUAUUUCAUCCUAUGCAUUGGAUUACUGGUGAUACAUGUGAGUGGUAUGAAAACCUUUAUCCAUACUGACACCCUGCAGUUUGGUUAAAAGAUGUGUUUACUUGCACAGUGUGCAUUUUGUACCAUGUUUUAGCCUGCAUUUAUGCUGAGAGCUAUGCUGCUAAAAAAUAAUGUGAAAGUUAAAAGCAAAUGAGAGCUUUUUCCAUGUUGCAUUGCUGGAUAAUUUUGGGAGUUAAUGUAUCCCAUACUAUAGGCUUUCUUUGUAUGUGGAGCUUUUGCUAAACACAAUCCAAUGAUUGUUUGAGCUGUUUUUACUUGUUUUUUUACCAUAAAGUUUAUUAUGUGUACAAUCAUA